UUCGAAGAAUGCUCAUUUGAGAGAGCUUGAAGGUGCGAAGGAGAGAUUAACUCUAUGCAAAGCUGAUCUUCUUGAUUAUGAGAGCCUUAGAGAGGCCGUUAUGGGGUGUGAUCGAGUUUUCCACACUGCUUCUCCCAUCACUGAUGAUCCCGAACAAAUGGAGGAGCCAGCAGUGAAUGGGACAAAAAAUGUGAUCAUAGCAGCUGCAGAAGCCAAAGUCCGUCGAGUGGUGUUCACGUCUUCAAUCGGUGCGGUUUACAUGGAUCCCAAUAGGAACCCUGAUGUUGUUGUGGAUGAAUCUUGCUGGAGUGACCUCGACUUCUGCAAGAAUACUAAGGACUGGUACUGCUAUGGAAAGGCCGUGGCGGAGCAAGCAGCGUGGGACGUGGCCAAGGAGAAAGGGGUGGACCUAGUGGCGGUGAAUCCUGUCUUGGUGCUUGGACCACUACUGCAAUCCACUGUGAAUGCCAGCAUUAUUCACAUCCUCAAGUACCUAACUGGCUCAGCCAAGACCUAUGCAAAUUCUGUUCAAGCUUACGUGCACGUUAAGGAUGUGGCACUUGCCCACAUUCUUGUCUAUGAAACGCCCUCUGCCUCCGGCCGAUAUCUCUGCGCCGAGAACGUCCUCCACCUUGGAGAGGUGGUGGAAAUUCUUGCCAAGUUCUUCCCAGCGUAUCCCUUCCCCACCAAGUGUUCAGAUGAGAAGAACCCAAGAGCAAAACCAUACAAAUUCUCCAACCAAAAGCUCAAGGAACUUGGCUUGGAAUUUACAACAGUGAAGCAAUGCCUAUGUGAAAUUGUUAAGAGCCUGCAGGAAAGGGGUCACCUUCUUAUCCCAAAACCAGUAAAUAUUACACGCGGCCACUCAAAUUUAUGA